CCGGCUUUGCUUUCAUCCAGUCCAGCACUUAGAACACUAUCCAGAUUACCAUGGCAACGGGAAGGAAGUUGAUGAGAGCUAUCAGGGUUUUUGAAUUUGGCGGGCCUGAAGUGCUUAAACUCCAGUCAGAUGUUGCGGUGCCGAUCCCAAAAGAAAAUCAGGUUCUAAUCAGAGUCCAUGCGUGUGGCGUCAACCCAGUGGAGACAUAUAUCCGCUCUGGGACCUACAGUAGAAAGCCAACUCUGCCCUAUACUCCUGGCACAGAUGUGGCCGGUGUGAUAGAAGCUGUCGGAGAAGGGGUAACUGCAUUCCAGAAAGGGGACAGAGUUUUCACUUCAAGUACCAUCUCAGGGGGCUACGCGGAGUAUGCUGUAGCUUCGGAUGAGACUGUUUUCUCCCUGCCUGAACAGCUGGACUUUAAGCAAGGAGCAGCCAUUGGUAUUCCAUAUUUUACAGCCUAUCGGGCUCUGUUCCACAGGGCUCACGCCAGUCCGGGAGAAAGCGUGCUAGUUCAUGGGGCUAGUGGAGGAGUGGGGAUAGCAGCGUGCCAAAUUGCCCGAGCUUACGGCUUAAAGGUUCUAGGCACAGCUGGUACUGAAGAGGGACGGAGCAUUGUUUCGGGAAAUGGAGCCCAUGAAGUGUUUAAUCACAGAGAGGCUAAUUACAUUGAUAAAAUUAAGGCAUCUGUUGGAGAAAAAGGAGUAAAUAUAAUCAUCGAGAUGUUAUCGAAUGUCAAUCUCAGUAAUGAUUUGUCACUUCUGUCCUAUGGAGGAAGGGUCAUAGUGGUGGGCAGCAGGGGCCCCGUUGAAAUAAAUCCCAGGGACACCAUGGUAAAAGAAUCAAGCAUAAUUGGGACCGCUCUGUUUUCGGCCACCAAGGAGGACAUUCGGGGAUCCGCGGCUGCUCUUCAAGCGGGCAUGGAAACGGGUUGGUUGAAACCUGUCAUCGGCCCUCAGUACCCUCUGGAAAAAGCUGCUCAGGCACAUGAAAACAUCAUUCACGGCAGUGGGGCUUCCGGCAAGAUGAUUCUUCUCCUCUGAUACGUUCUUCAGUGCGUAAUUGCUCUGCCGUUACAUUUUUAUAAUGUUACUUACACCUUUUUUUGCUUGAAUUUGCCUUCAUAUUAAUCAGUUUAGAACUCUGAUUCAGGCUGGAAGAUGUUUUUUUUUUCCUUCUCUAGGAUGAAAUCUGAAGUGAUUUCUCCCCACCUUUCCCUCUUCCGUGCCCUAAGCAGUGGGCCUUCAUAUAUGAAGUGAGGAGGAAGGCUGAUACCGGUUAUCGGUGGCUAGAUAUUAUUCUGAUGUGCACUGGAAGAUAGUGGGAUGGGAGAGAGAGGGCAUGGGGACUGUUGAGGUACCCUGGGAUUGGGUCAAACCAGAAGACUAAGCUUUUUAAUCAAUCGGUUGUCUUUAUUGAGCGCCUACUGUGUGCAGAGCACUGUACUAAGCGCUUGGGAGAGUACACUGUAGCAACAGAACAGGUACAUUCCCUGCUCACAACAAGCUUUUGGCAUGUUAGAUCCAAACAUUGAACCCCCACCCGGGCUUCCCGCAAUUCUACAGGCUGGGUUGGUUGUACCUCCCUUGGGCUAUUUUCUCUAUAUGGGAGAGUACACAAGAAUUCAGAGACAUGAUUCCUCCCCUCAAGAAGCUUUUCUUUUUUGAGCAGGCUGACCCCAUCCUGGAUCCCCGAGGGAUCCCCAAGACACCCAGAACUACAGAUGAGGGUAACCUUGAUGCCCAGAUGAUUAACAUUCAAUUCCAACAGGCAGGGGUGCCCCCAACAAAAUCUCCAAAGCAUACAGGUUGUCUAACUUCUCAUUAACAAUGGGUUUGUUUUUAGUUUUGAAUAGGUUUGGUCAUCAAAUUUUAAAGCCUUGUGAAAAGAUACAUUCAAGAUUUGCCUUACCAGAAAAAAAAAAAGUUCUUAGUCCCAUAUUUUAGAAAAUCUGUGCUUUGACACUUGGACAACUCUGCUGUAAAUUCUACCACAAAUUAGAAAAAGCAGCGACAGGUUUGUGCCUAGGAAACGUUCACUGCCCAGAUGACUAGGAGAAAUUUUUAGAAUUGGCCAUGAACGGAAAUGUAGCUAAUACAGAAUUACUCAAGUGUACUGCCAAGUGAUAGCGGAGCUUAAAGAAGAGCUGUCUCCACUUGAGAAAGCAGAGUUUCUUUCCAUCUCCUCUUUGGUUGAAUGCUCAUCCUUUGGGAAUUAAUUUUCUCGGGUCCUUUCCAAUUGACCCUCAAGUUAAAGUUCUGUUCUAUGACAGAGAGUGUUUCCUUAACCGAGAAAUUCUUCUACGUUAGGAGCUUUGAUCCAAACGGAGUCAAGAAAAUGCUGCUUAGAAAUGUUACAGUGCCAAGGUUUAUCUCCAAAGGGAUGAAUUUCAUCCAGUAUGAAAAACGGCCCUGGGUUCAUUUGCCCCGCACCAUUCUUCAUUCUGACCUACUUUUUAUCUGUCCGCUCAGUGCAAUUUUCUGGUACGAUCGUUAAACCCCAGCUAAGCACUGACAGGGCUGUGCUGCUGAUUUGUGUAAUUGAAGGUGUCACGGACAAAUGGACAUGUAUGGCUAUUUCUGAGGCAUUUACACUUGUACUUCGUGGUUUUUUUUUUUAAUGUUCCAGGAAAUUUCCCUAAUAGGUUAAUUUUACAAUGAGGGUCCACGCUGCAUGUCCAAACAUAGCACUCAUUUUGCAAGGGAUGAAAGAAUAUUACUAUGAUACAGGGAACAUGUGUCCUGCAAGGACCAGAACUAGGGAUUUCUACUUAAUGAAGAAAUGUUAAUCAUGAGCAACAUGGUGGCAGAGAGGAAUAAGCCCUAGGGGCAUGGCAAUUUUAAACAUUUUCAAGCUCCUUUUGGGUUUCUAAGGCACUGUUUAGCCUGUCUGGGGACUGUACCUUGCUCCCUGAAAUGGGGAUGAUCAUCAAAAUCAAUAACGAUUGAAUAAUUAGGGUGGCAGGAUAUUUAUUGUGAGAAAUGAUGUCCUUGUAUCCAGAAAAAAAUCAGUUUCCUAGGAUUCGACUGUAGUUUAUGAGCUCAGAUUCUUCUUUAUCCCUUUUGUCUUCUUCCUUCAUGAAGCUCUUUAAGGAUGUGAGCUCACUCACGAACAAAAACAAAAUAAUUUGAAGUAAGCAAGCUCUACGUCAGAGUUGGUGUGCUUGUGGUUAGGAGAGCUUUUCAAAAUACCAGAGUCGGUAGAAUCAUAACUAACCGAGUUAAGGGCCUCAGAAGAUAGAGGCACAGCUCAGAAAGGGCCAUAUGCUGACAUUUUCUAAGUACCGAUAAGAGACACCCCAUUUUCCUGCCUAGGAACCAGGGAUAUGGCUCUAAUUAGAUGUUUGGAAAUCUUUCCAGUCUGGAAAAUGUUUCCUGCAGGAUGAGGAGGGCCCCAGAAGAGAUAAACGACAGUGUGGUGGCUUGCAACUGGGGGUUUGAGAAAAACAGUGCACCUGUCGUAAGUAGACCCUGAAACCAGCCCAAGUUCAGUUUCAUUUGCCAGAAAAUAAAAAGGGAUCAGAGAGUCUUAGUGACAGGAAGAUCAAUCCUGACUAGGCCAACUUUAUAAUCACAGUAGACAGUCCAACCUCCAAAUCUCCUUGUGCUGAACCUCUUGAAAAUGGAAUAAUUUUCCAAGUAAAGUAAUAGAUUCAAUUCUGCUGAAUAGCACUGUUGCUUGAAUACUGGUUAUAAACAAGUAACAGUAGAAGUUAUUUUUAAGAUUUCCAAGUGAGUACCAAAUUAGUGGUACUGAAAGAAAUCUUGGGAACAAAUAUGUUGCUUGUAUUAAAUUACACCCCAAAGUAAUUGUAUGUGUACACAUUUAUAAUUAGGUAGGAUGUGAACUGUGUUCUAACGAACUUGGAACUGUUCAUAGUAGGCAUGGGGUAUGUCAGAUCGGGUUAUUUGUCUAAAUACUAAAUGGGUUUUAUUGGAUUUUUUUCUUGAUUAAUUUCCCUGUUCUUUUUUUCCCCGAUAAUAAAGUAGAAUAUUCCAGUA